GUGAGUCCGAGUGGCGGUGCUGGAGCCGCGUUGAUGGAGGGUCGCCGUAAACAACGGGAUUAGUCGCUUAACCCGCGAAAGGAAAAUACAAAGUGCACCUUCCAUGAAAAACAAAGGAUGGCUGAGCUGCACAUCAUUGGGCAGAUAGUUGGCGCCAGCGGAUUCCCUCGCAGCAGCCUCUUCUGCAAGUGGGGGGUUCACACAGGGGGGGCGUGGCACCUGCUCUCUGGCCUGCGGGAGGGGCAGACCCAGGUGGACUGUCCCCAGGCGUCGGACACGGCUUUCUGGAGCCACCCCAUCGACCUGCACUACGCCACCAAGGGGCUGCAAGGGUGGCCCAAGUUACACCUGCAGGUAUGGCACCAGGACUCGUUUGGCCGCUGCGAGCUCUUUGGCUACGGCUACUGCCACGUGCCGUCGAGCCCCGGCCACCACCGGCUGCGCUGCGUCACCUGGAGGCCCCUGGGCUCCUGGCAGGAACAGCUGGCGCAGAUGUUCGUGGGCGGCGGCCCUCAGCUGCGCUCCCCGGACGUCAUCUACACCGGGGCCGACCGGUACCGCCUGCACACCGUCGCCAUGGGAACGGUGGAGCUGGAGCUCGGCAUCAUACUGCGCCACUUUGACAAGCACGGCGUGGAGAGCUGAAGGGGGGCGGGGGGGCGACAGAGUGCUAAGAGCCCCCGCCCCGCUGAAGUGGUCCGGUCUCCGCCCGGAACCGCCCCUCGGUGGGCCCUGUCCGAUGUCCACCACUAGGGGGCACCACGGGCCCUCCUGUUCCCUCUCAAUUAUCGGAAAUAUAUUUGGGAAAGAGCUCUUUGAUCAUCAGGACUGUGACACAUUUCAUAUUCUUCUGUUUUUUAACUUCUUUUUUUACUUGUCUUUGGAUGUCGUACUGUCUCUGCUUUUCUUACGAUCACAUUAAAGACUUUUAA